AUGGCGUCAACUAAAGAAGUUGUGGCGAAUACAGACGCCACCAAAAAGCUGCUCGAUGCGCAGAUUGAGCGGGUCCUGUCCAUGAAGGUCCUCAGCCAAGACGAAGUCAAGGACGUAGCUCAUCGAACGAGGGUUCUGCUGACUGGGGAAAGCAAUUUAUGGUUGAAGUAAAAGUGAUGAUAGUACUUCUCUUAUACAUAACAGUCGUGUCUGCUCUAGUUCUUACACAACUGCUGGACUGCUGGAUGUUCUUGUACUAGUAGUACAAGAAAAAUGCUUUCGAAGUAGAAGAGUUAAUAUCAAGGUCAUCUUGUAGGAGAUUAUAGAUUCUUUUCGUUAUAGGAACAAACAUUCGCAAGAACUUUCUUGUUCUUACAGUGUUCGUCCUGCUCUUCUAAGGAACGCUCACCCCGUGAAAUGCCCUGUUACCGUAGUUGGUGACAUCCAUGGCCAGUUUCCAGACCUGAAAGAACUUCUCAGGAUCACGGGCGGACCACCAGACAAUAACCUUCUUUUCUUGGGUGACUACGUGGAUAGAGGACGCUUUUCAGUACUCACGGUGUCGCUGGUUUUCCUGUACAAGCUCAGGUAUCCGGAUAUGGUAACGCUGCUGAGAGGGAAUCACGGUAUGUUAGGCUGGAUCUAACUAGAAGAAGUAUUUAACUAAAAAAGAGGGGUGUAAGUAUAACCGAGUAAGUAUAACUAAAGGGAGGUCUAACUACAACUAGAAGUAUAACCGAGUAAGUAUUGAAAAUAAGGGAGAUACUGACAGAAGAGGAAUGUAGUCAAGACUCUCUUAUUUCAGUCAGUAGCUCGCUUAUUUUGAGUUUUCGAAUAGAAGCAUAACCGAAGAGUGGCGCUGCUCCAGAAGAUGGCCAAGUUGUCAAGAACAACUUCUUCAUCUAGAGUAAUCAUUCAUAGGAUUCCAGCUACAACACCCUAGUGAUAUAGAGCACCCCGAUGGUUGUAGUGCAACCCCAUACGCCACCCGCCCAUUUUCAUUCCCCAAAGCCGGCAAGUCACGCAGGUGUAUGGUUUCUUCGAUGAGUGUGUAAGGACCUACGGCUCACCCAUCGUAUGGCGAUACUUCACCGAAGCCUUCGAUGCCCUACCACUCACAGCCGUAAUCGAAGACCGCAUCUUUUGUCCGCAUGCAGGCUUGAGUCCUAGUUUGGAUACGUUGGAUCAGAUCCGAGAGUUGGACAGGCACAUGGAAGUCCCGCAUGAAGGACCGAUUUGUGAUUAUGAUGUGAUGAGUAAGUACUAGUACUGUUUUUUUCCUGAUGUUGUUCGUUGUAUUUACAGUAGAAGUUUUCUCUUCUCCGUUGUAUUUACAGUAGAAGUUUUCUCUUCUCCUGUGGGUGCCUUAGACUCAAUAACAAACACUAGAAAUGAAUUCAGUACCGGCGGUUCUAAGUAGUUACUAAGAAAAGAAUUAUGUUGAGACUCAUUAUUAUUUUACUCAACAUCCUCUAACGGUCCAUCCUCUGGAGCGACCCCGAUGAAGUGGUGGGCUGGGGUAUUUCGCCGCGUGGUGCCGGUUACAUCUUCGGACAGGACGUCAGCGAGACCUUCAACCACACGAACAAACUACAACUCAUAGCCAGAGCGCAUCAGCUGGUGAUCGAGGGUUACCAAUGGUGUCACGAGAGGAACUUGGUCACGAUUUUCUCAGCGCCGAAUUAUUAUGGCUACAAGAUCAUAGAACUCCCCAGGACAUUAUCGAGAGGUGCGCCCCGGGUGGGAGGCGGAAAGAGAGAACUAUAGUCCCCGGUUGAAAGUAAAGCUGUGCUUUGUUCUUUUUUUUCGUGCUGUGCUUUGUUCUUUUUUUUCGUGCUGUGCUUUGCUUUUUUUGCUGUGCUGCGGUUAUUGUUUUUGGCCUGAAAUAAUGUUCACUUUAGAUAUAAUAUAUGCCAUGUAGUAGAUGUGGCGAAUUAUUAUGGCCACAAGAUCAUUGAUAGAAGACACGCUGAAUUCAACCCCUUACCUCUUCUAACCCCCCUGCGGUCGUUGCGGCAACACGGCUGGGCUCAUGGACAUUGACGAGCACCUACAGUACACUCUCCUCCAGUUUGAGGCUGCACCACCAGAGAAAGACGAGGAUUUGCAGAAUAUGGUCAAGGGUAUGCACCAGGAAAUCUUCGGUGGCGGCAAACAACACUUUGAUGCUGGAGAGGCAGGUGCGAUCCUAACUGGAGGACCAGCGUCAGGAAGAGGAUUGCCGGACUACUUCAUCUAGAUGUAGUACGAUGACUAUGAUCACUUCUACUCGCGUCUCAUCUUGAUCAUGCCUUCAAUAUCCGUAGUAGAAUACCGAGUUCUUGUAACGUAGCUGUUGACCAUCAAAGUCUUUUUACCUGAUGUCAUUCACAUUCUUGAACUGAUGCAAGUUGGAAAAAACUGCUUUGUGUCUUGUAGCAGAAACGAAUCACAAGCAUUCGCAAAUGAGUCUUUUAUCUCUGUUUAUGAAAAUGAUUAAAUGUUGGCAACGACCUCCUUCUAUUGUGUCUAACAAACUCCAAAAUGAUUCUCCCAGGGUGAGUGGUCCUCGAUCUAGUAAAACCUAGCUGGGGGUAUUCGUACGAGCGUGAUUCCCCUUUUUGGCUCGUUCAUUUUGCGAUUACAACUCCUGAUUUUUGUGUUUCACCCCCCAGGGAGUCUGCUGAGUGGUCAUCCCAGGAAGGCUAUUGUCAUAGCUUGUCCAGGCGUAAAUCUCUCUGCAAAAAGACGAUAUAUCUUUGUAGAAAUAUAACCUGAAACCUAUGGCAUCCGCACUGUACAAUAUUGAUCUUCUUCCCUCAUAAAAGACUGAAAAAGUUGUAACUCUGGAGCUGGUGCAUCUUGCUCAUCCAUGUUGAUCGCACCGCACCGUGUAGGUGCCUAAUGUGAUGUGUGAUCGGCGACCGAGCCAAAAAUGAACAUUAUUGAAUGAUAGCAUUGGAAAACAACAAGUCUUAACUCUCAUAUCGAUAAGGCUUAACCAUAUCGGGUCAGUAGAUACCCACCGACCUUCGAAC